CUUGAACCUUCUUCCUACCCAACCCCACCUCCAGUUUCUUCUUCUUCUUUCAGACAAACAUAUGGUCAUCCUCUUUACUCUUCCCCGUAUUAAGAUAUCAAAAAUGCAUGUGAAUGGAUUAUUAUUUCUUUAAAAAAUUAAUAAAUACAUGGUGGCUCUUCUUCUUCUUCCUCCAAUUUGAGCGAGGUUGGUUCCAAACAAAAAUGAAGAAUUUUGCAGGGACUCCUGGAACAGUCACUGGUCUGCUUUUGCGACUAUUACAAUGCUUGUUCGCUUCUGGUUCAAUUGCAGCAAUGGCCACCACUAAAUCCUUCUUCAAUUUCACUGCCUUCAGCUACUUGAUUGCUUCAAUGGGGUUGCAAGUGUUCUGGAGCUUUGGACUCGCGUUCCUAGAUGCAUGUGCCUUGGCAAAGAAGAAAGUCCUCCAUAAUCCGGUUCUGGUCAGCCUUUUCGUUGUUGGAGAUUGGGUUACUGCUACUUUGAGCCUUGCAGCAGCUUCAUCUUCUGCAGGCAUAACCAUACUGUACAUUAACGACUUGGGAGGCUGCAGUGUCAGGGAGGAAUGCCAAAAAUACCAGUUAGCAGUUGCGUUGGCAUUUUUGAGCUGGAUAACAAUCGGGAUCUCUUCAUUAAUUAUGUUUUGGACUUUGGCGGCGGGUUAGAGUUUUCCUUCUUGAAUAUGUACUUAUCAGCAAGGUAUGGAGAAUUCACACCUUGUUUAUAUCGUAUUUAACAUUUGUUACAUACCGAUACAUGGAAUGAUGUAAAUUGGCUUUCGGUGAUCAUCACAAAGAUAUGUUAGGGGGGAUAACUAUUACAUCUAUCUAUAUAUGUAAAGAAAUCAAUUUGAUUAGUGUCACUGCUACUGAAGAAAAACUACAAAAUGAGAUUCGAUCAUCCUCAUUUGGAAAUGUUCGGGUUUUCAAUUGCAUCCUUUGUUUUAAGAGAUGGAGAUCAGUCUUGAAGUUCUGGAUAUUAGCAAAUUAUUUGUGAUAUAUCUUCAUUUUUGCUUUGUAUUUAAUUUUAUAUACCAUGAAGAAUUAAUUGUUCUUAGUUUAUGAUGGAUUGAUGAUUGUUUUAUGAUUC